CUUCAAUGCCCUUCCGUUCCCACUAUGACGUGACGCGACGAUGACAUCACGACCACUUCCAUCUGUAGCGCUCUCGCGCUCGCGACCGAACAGAACAAGUGAGCUAGUCUCGUCAGGCAGAAGGACUCAACGGCACCAUCACGAGCACAAUAACAUACCUGCACACACUCCGGGCUUUACUAGCAGUUGGAGCGGACUGUAAGACUGAGAUUCCGACCUGACGAGCCUCAACACACCGCCUCCGGUUCGCUUCGCUAAGUGAAAGAGAUUUUAUGCUAAAGUUUUCAGGAUUUGUUUAACCUCCCGCGGACAAGAGCGGAAUGAGCGACUUUACGAUGAUAAACUGUUGCCUGAUUCUUGGCGCGUGCCUUCUGUCCAGCCAAGCUGUCUGGAGUCAGCGUGUUCGAGUAGAAUAUGAGGUCACUUCGAAUCCAAAUGGGUCUGUCAAUCUGCGCUGUGAGUUCACCGACAGUGGAAGCACCAAACUCACACAGGUUUCGUGGAUGUUUGAGCGUGUUGAGGGUGACAGGCACAACAUUGCUGUAUUCCACCCCAUAUAUGGAGCCAGUUUCCCCAAUAAAGAUUUUGAAGGCCGAGUUAAGUUCACACAAGGCUCCCUGGAGAACCCAUCCAUUAGGAUCGACAAACUGAGGAUGGCUGAUGCUGGCAGGUACAUCUGCGAGUACGCGACUUACCCCACUGGAAACGAGCAGGGAACGACCACUCUUAUCAUGCUGGCUAAACCCAAAAACUCAGCUUCCGCCAUCCCAGUGCAAGCCGGCUCUUCUGAGGUUGUCGUGGCAAGAUGUGAGGCAGCCCAAGGGAAACCAGAGGCAACAAUCUCCUGGAUUACAGCUAUUGCUGGCCGCUAUAACCACACUUCAGUGCCCGAGAUGGACGGCACAGUGACCGUGAAGAGCGAGUAUCGGAUGAUCCCGACACCUGCUGAAAACGGAAAGGAGAUCACCUGCUUGGUGAAUCAGAGGACGCAGACCGAACCGAAACCCUUCCACUUGAAGCUGGUGGUGGAGUACCCACCCACUGUGACAAUAGAAGGAUAUGACAAUAACUGGUAUAUGGGUCGAACUGAUGCCGUUUUGAUCUGCGAGGCUGACGCCAACCCAGAACCCACUAAUGUUACCUGGACAGCUGCCUCGGGUCAGUUGCCGCCUUCGGUAUGGGUUGAUCAGAACCGGCUGCGGGUGAGAAAGGUGGAUGAAACGGUGAACACCACUUUCGUGUGCGAGGUGAAGAACAGUCUGGGUUCUGCCAAGAAAGAGCUCUCCGCCACAGUCAUCGAGUCGACUGAAGCCCCCUCCAGUGCAGGCAUGGUGGCCGGAGCCAUCCUGGGCAGCUUCUUGGCCCUCGUUUUGGUCGGCGCGUUGGUCACCGUGUUAGUGAUGCGAAGUCGUCGCCAGCAGCAUGGAUAUUCGGGCGACGGCGAGCAGGGCGCUUACGGCAACAAAACCCGUCUUUUUGGAGGCAAGAAGGCCAGCAAGAACGGCACAGGGGCCAACAACAACGGCCCAAUCUACACGUACCGCGAAAGCGAGCCGGGAGCCCUGACAGAGAAAUGCAAUGAGUUCCCUCACAUGACAACCAGCCCGCCAACCGCUCAUGACAUCCUGCUGAGCGGCGAGCUGAAUGAAGCGGUGCGAAGGAAGUUCGACGCCCUGAACGACAGCUUGGAGGAAGAGGAAGAGGACGCUGAAAGGUACGACCGUUUCAGCGGACUGCCGCCCAGCUACCAAAUCCACCGGCACGAGGACGAGUGUGCUCCUUACCUGGAUGACGACAUGGAGUCUCAACGAGACGGCUCAAUCAUCUCCCGGACUGCCAUCUAUGUCUAGAAGAAUCAGAUAAUGCACCUGACUGAUAUUUACUUGACCUUUUAAAACAAAGACGGAAACGUGCCAUCUGAGGAGUGGAAGCAGAAUGGUUA